AAGAAAAGUUUUGCUUUUAAUAGGCUCAACUUUUUUAUUACGUUUCCAGAGUUCAUGUCUUACGAAAUGGCCGCUUUCCAAUUUGUGACGUAUAGGAUGUGUGCACCUUUUAUGCAAGGCCAAUGUGUACAAUAACAAGGGCGGAAAAAGAAAAAAUGUGGAAACAAUCACUACCCAUUUCACCAAAGUUUGCCAGAAAGCAAAGCAACCAUGCUUUCGAUGUCAGAAAUCCAGCUACUACAACUCAAACCAAAACGCAACUGAAACCAGCAAAACACAGAUUUAUAUAUCAACUCGUGUAACCGCCUAAUACGUGUUCCUUUUAACCGUUUUAUUUUCUUGUUUCACUGUCUUUCUGGGCUUUCUAUUUGCUUUAUAACUGGUGAAGUAUUUGAGCAGAGAUAUGCACAUACAUGCAUACAUGGAGAUUUUGAUUAGACGUUUCCUAACUAUUGCAUGAGAAUACCUCGUCAGACUUGAGGGGUCUAAAUUCGAAGAAAUGGGGUGCCUGCUAUCGACGCCAGAUGUUGCAGGGGAAACCAGAAGGACGCCAAAAAAUAUUGGGGAGAUUGUAGUUUUUGUUCCUGGACUGAGAAUUCCUAUGCCACUUGAUUUUACUCAACCACUUGGUGAUGGAUUAUCCAAGAGUUUGGUUGAACGCCUAUCUGCACUGAGAACACGUAUAGUGGUCAUGGCAGGUCAAGAAGCACCUAUGACUAGUAAGCAAAGAAGAACAGCGACGCAACACGGAGGUUCCACGUUGGCUGAUCUGCAGCAGGCUCUUGAAGAUUACUUGCCAGUUCUACUGGGGCUAGUUGAAAAUGGUAACCAGCUAAAACAUAACUUGCAAUUCUGUUGGGUAAAUCAGGAAGAUGAAGUGGAGGAGACUACCAUGUCAGAUUCUUGGUAUGAGGUACUAUCAGUUUUGCAAUUGAUGGCAAGUCUAUCAUUGUCGCAGGCCAAUUUAUUGCUUCUUCCUAACACAUCUGCUGAUGGUUAUCAAUCUAAAGUAUCAGAAGAGUGCAAACGAGCUUCCAUUGAUAUCUUCUUGAAGGCAGCCGGAUAUCUGGAUUUUGCAGUCCAGCAAGUUCUCCCCAAGCUACCCUCAGAACUUAGGAAGGAUUUGCCAUUAGACCUGACAGAGGGAGUGCUUAAAGCCCUUUGUUUGCAAGCAUUAGGCCAGGGUGUUGAGAUUCAACUGGGAAUGGCAAUUGAUAGUAUCAAGGCCACACUGGCAGUGAAAAGGAGGCUAGCGUGUGAGAUGGUUAAAUACUGGCAUCAGGCUCAGGAGUACAUAAUGGACCUUCCUCUAGCAAAUGGAUGGGGAGAAAAGCAUAAGCUUUUCAUUCAGUGGAAGCAUGUUGAAGCUAAGGCUGUUGCAUACUAUCUACAUGGAUUAAUCCUUGAAGAAUGGAACGCAGAAAGGUCAGCUGAGAAUGCUGCAGCGGCUCUACGUGCAGCAGAAGAGUAUCUCAAAGAAAGCAAAAAGGCUUGCGAAUCCUUUCAUAUGACACCUCCUUCAUCCUGUAAUCCUCCUCUCUGGGGAGCUAGCAAGUAUCUUUCUGAGAGGAUUCCAAAAGACAUAUCAAGCAAAACAUUCCAUUGGGAUUCACAAAAUCAUGAAAUGAUUUUGCAGUUAGCUCCAGCAUUGCCAGACUUUGUUUUGUCCCUAAAACCUGAUGAUUAUCAGCUUCCUUCAAUGGAUCCUUCAUGGAAUGAUUUACAAGUCCAAAAUUUGUUUCCUACCAAGUGAAGCCUCAUAAAGACAUGAAAUGUGUACCCAAUAUUGAAAAAAAAAAAAGUGUAAAACAUCAUAUGGAUCUUAUCAAAGUAAGUUUUUGAAUGUAUUUCGAUGAUCUUUGCAUUUUCGUAUUCUU